GGUUGUAUUGAAUUGCAUUACAAAGUUCAGGAGUGUAUUGCUGAAACCCAAGAUUGGAGAAAGUGUCAAGAUAUUGUGAAAGAGUUUAAAGAUUGUAUGCAAAUCUAUACAGAACAACAACGGAAAAAAUACGGCAAUUAAAAUGUUUUUCACUCAAAAAUUAAAGAUGGUUCUAAUCAUAAGAAUGGAUUUGAAACUUACAAAAGGAUAUGCCGUCAAUUUGUUUGCUUGAAGAAAUAAAUAAAAAUAAAUAGAUAUUUCGUAUAUAAAUAAAGAAAAACAACAAUGAACGAGAUACAUCUUAAGACAAAACUUACAACGAGGGAACGUGUCAGCGCUUAUUUUGGUAUCGCCUUAGUAGGAGGACUUCUAGCAUUGUGGAUAGGCAAGAAUCUAAUACCACAAUGUUUGUUAGCUUGCCUUUUGUAUUAUUGUCUUACGGGCCGUCGACCACAAAUAUUAUGGGCGACAGCACAUACAUUUAAUCGAGACAUACUUGCGGCUAGACGCUUUAUUCACAUGUCUGUUCUUUUAAAGUAUUGGGAGUCUAAAAACCAUUCAGUAGCAAGUCUUUUCAGGCGUAAUGUUGAGAAGCAUCCAAACAAAUCCGCAUUUCUGAUUGAAGACAAAAAAAUAACAUUUCAAGAGAUUGAAGACUUAAGCAACAAGGUCGCAAAUUAUUUUAAAUCUAAAGGAUAUGAGAAGGAAGAUACAAUUGCACUUUUGAUGGAAACGAGAUUGGAGUAUUCGUCAAUGUGGCUUGGUCUUUCAAAGAUUGGCGUUAUUACAGCUUUAAUUAACACAAACCUCCGAAAAGAAACUCUUAUACAUUCCAUUCGUGUUGCUUCAUCAAAAGCAAUCAUUGUUAGUGUUGAAUUACUUGAUGCUUUAAUUGAAAUUGUCAGUGAUGACGAAAUAGAAAAAAUGAACAUUUUCAUUUUUGAUACUGAACGGGAAGAAGUGAAAGCAAUAAACAAUAAAACACUUAAUCUUCAUCAUGAAUUGAAAUCUGCCACAUCAACACCAGUAAAUGUUGAUGGGACCUUAGCCAAGGACAAAUUAUUUUAUAUUUACACUUCGGGCACAACUGGCAUGCCAAAAGCAGCUGUAAUUACCAAUCUUCGUUUCCAAUUUAUGGUGUCAGGGACAUUUAUGAUGUUUGGAAUGAAAUCUGAAGAAGUUAUUUAUAAUACCUUGCCACUUUAUCAUACAGCGGGCGGAAUGUUGGGAGUUGGCCUCGUAUUAAUUUUUGGUGUAACUAUGGCUUUAAGAAAGAAAUUUUCUGCUUCAAACUUUUGGAGUGAUUGCAUUAAAUAUAAAUGUACAUCAGCACAAUACAUUGGAGAACUUUGCCGGUUUCUGUUGUUGACACCAUCAAAAGUGGAAGAGACGAAACAUAAUGUUCGCUUCAUGUUCGGUAAUGGUCUCAGACCACAAGUUUGGCCACAAUUUGUUCAACGUUUUAAAAUCGAAGAGAUUGGUGAAGUUUAUGGUGCAACUGAAAGUAACGCAAAUCUUGCAAACUUUUAUAAUCAUCAAGGAUCUGUUGGUUUUGUUCCACAAAUUGCAAGUUUUCUUUAUCCCGUUGAUCUUAUAAGAUGCGAUGAAGACACUGGUGAACCAUUAAGAAAUAAAGAUGGUCGCUGUAUGAAAUGCGAACCAGGUGAACCAGGAGUGUUCAUCGGAAAAAUCAAUCCAAGACAUGCUGCACGAUCAUUUACUGGUUACGCUGAUAAAAGUGCAUCAGAAAAAAAAGUAAUCCGAGAUGUUUAUAGACAAGGUGAUUCGUGGUUUAACUCCGGUGACAUUCUGGUUAUGGAUCUUUUUGGAUAUUUUUACUUCAAAGAUAGAACUGGCGAUACUUUCAGAUGGCGUGGAGAGAAUGUGGCAUCAACAGAAGUUGAAGGGAUUGUCAUGAAAGUUGCACAAUUAACUGACUGCGUUGUUUAUGGCGUUGAUGUCCCUGAAAAUGAAGGAAAAGCUGGAAUGGCAGCUAUUGUUGAUCCAGAAAAUAAGUUAGAUUUAGUUGCUUUGGCAGCUGGAAUAAAAGACAAUUUACCUCAAUAUGCACGUCCAGUGUUUCUAAGAAUUAUGCCUGAACUUCCUAUGACUGGAACGUUUAAAUUAAAAAAACGUGAUUUGCAAUUAGAAGGAUUUGACAUCACAAAAAUUCGAGAUCCAAUCUAUUUGUUGCAAAGUGAUGGAUCGUAUCGAAAGCUAACACAAGAAAAAUAUGAAGAAAUCAAAAAUGGAUUGGCUAAACUAGAACGAUUGUCACACCGAAGUGUUCUGAAACGUAGAGGCUCUGAUUCGACAGUUUCUAGUUCUGUAGCUCAUGAUAUUGCCAAACAAAAUGAUCUAGGAAACGAUGACAAUUUAAGUCCAUCAACAUCAUCAACUCCAAUGGAUUGCAAAAAUCCAGCAUUUAUUUUGAGCGAUAAAAACACUGGCGUUACUAAGAAGUUACAAUACAUUUUGGGCAGACCAUGGUGUUGGGGACUGAUGUUUUUGAUCAUGAUUAUAUUAACAUUCAUUAACACUGUGUUUUUUGUACUAAGUGCCAGACAAUCGAUUAUUCAAAGACGAAGUGAUUGGGGUGCACAUCCAAUGCAAGGAGAAUUGGAGCCUUUAAAUCUUCCAACAUCAAAUAUCAUCAUAACACAAACAGAUGACGCGGAAAGUUGCUUUACAAUACAAGAAUGUAGGGAAAGAGUGAGACAUUUACAAGAAACUUAUCAGAAUAACGAAAGACAAAAUAUGACUGACAUUCCAUACAAUUAUUUGAUUGGUGAUGAUGGAUACGUUUACGAAGGCAGAGGUUUUCAAUACCAAGGAGAAAUUCCAAUUAAUCCUUCAGCAACUUCAUUCAAUGAAUUGGGAUUAAUAAUUGCAUUUAUUGGAAAUUACGCAAAUACUGAUCUAAGUUUAACUCAAGUGAAUGUUUUUAAUACUUUCAUUGAUCGUUUGAUCAAUAGUGAAGUAUUAAUGAAGAGACACAAAAUUUUCUCCAACCAUCAACUUGUCUUUAUUGAUGAGAUCCCUCAAGGAUUACUAAAUUUUCUUGAAGGCAGGGAAGAUGAAUUUUAUGAACUUCAAAAAGUAUCCAACAGAGGAUGGUGGAGUGCUCGUGAUUCACUAAAUACAUCAACUUCAAUAAGGUUCAAUGGACCAGCUGAGAGAAUCGUAGCUAGAAAAGUAACGAUCACUCCAUUGGAUUGUAGACAUGAUGAUGAAUGUAUUGAGAGACUACAAAAUCAACAAGCAUUUGACAUGGAUGACAAUUCUCGUUCCGAUAUCGCAUAUAAUUUCUUGAUUGGUGAACAUGGAGUCUUUGAAGGGCGUGGAUGGGAUGUCAGACCAGAGGGUUUAUUUGUUGAUAGUGAAUCCAUCACAGUUGGAAUAUUUUCAGAGCAUUUGGGAGAUGGACCCAUGUAUCAAAAGUAUGUGUCAUUGUAUCGAGAUGGUGUAGUUCUUGGAAAAAUUAAAGAAGACGAGGAUAACAAUAACAUCGAAUGCUCGGUUGAGCUUUGUCCACCUUAAUUUUAAAUUUGACAUAAAAUUUUUAGAAGAAUUUUUAUUCAAACUGUACGACAUGAAUUUUGAUACACCAUAAAGUUAGACAAUUAAAGUUUUAUUAAUGCAAUUCAAUUUCUUUUCUAUUAAUAAAAUAAUUCGAAAUAAGAA